AACAUCACUUCCUGUUGUGGGCAGUCGUUUCCUGUCACUGCUUGGUAACAAUGGGGAAGAUAAUGGCUGCUUGAGCAACGUCUCGGAGCAGGCACCGGGCUAGAGGCGGGUCUCGAGCAGAGAUUCCUUGGAGGCGGGUUCGAGAGUGGCGGUAGCGGAGGCGCGGGGAGCCUCAGCGGCGACAGCAGACACAAAAGAGUCACAUCCUGACCCUGAAACUGAAUGGAGGAGACAGCCACGUUCCUUCCCUGGACAGUUUCACCAUACUUAUUCCACAGAGCAGAAUUGAAGAAAACUAAAAUCCUGUUUAUUGUAUUUCAAUACUAUGUCAUAACAGUCAGAUAAUUUUCCACUUGUUCAUCAAGAUGGAAAACUCAGAUUCUAAUGAUAAAGGAAGUGGUGAUCAGUCUGCAGCACAGCGCAGAAGUCAAAUGGACCGAUUGGAUCGGGAAGAAGCUUUCUAUCAAUUUGUAAAUAACCUGAGUGAAGAAGAUUAUAGACUUAUGAGAGAUAACAAUUUAUUAGGCACUCCAGGUGAAAGUACUGAGGAAGAGUUGCUGAGAAGACUACAGCAGAUUAAAGAGGGUCCGCCCCCACCAACCUCAGAUGAAAAUAGAGGUGGCGAUGCCUCGGAUGAUGUGUCCAAUGGUGACUCUAUAAUAGACUGGCUUAACUCUGUCAGACAAACUGGAAAUACCACAAGAAGUGGUCAGAGAGGAAACCAGUCUUGGAGAGCAGUGAGCCGGACUAAUCCAAACAGUGGUGAUUUUAGAUUCAGUUUAGAAAUAAAUGUUAAUCGUAAUAAUGGGAGCCAAACCCCAGAGAAUGAAAAUGAACCAUCUACAAGACGUCCUAAUGGAGAAAAUGUGGAAAACAACAGCCAAAGGCAAGUGGAAAAUGUAGGAUCUGAAUCAACAUCUGCCAGACCAUCUCGGUCAGAACGAAAUUCAACUGAAGCAUUAACAGAAGCGCCACCCACAAGAGGUCAGAGGAGGGCCAGAAGCAGAAGCCCAGACCAUCGGAGAACCAGAGCAAGGGCUGAAAGAAGUAGGUCACCUCUGCAUCCAACAAGUGAAAUUCCACGAAGAUCUCAUCAUAGUAUCUCAUCUCAGACUUUUGAACACCCUUUGGUAAAUGAGACUGAGGGCAGUUCUAGAACCCGGCACCAUGUGACCUUGAGACAACAAAUAACUGGGCCUGAAUUGCUAAGCAGAGGCCUUUUUGCAGCUUCUGGAUCAAGAAAUGCUUCUCAAGGAACAGGUUCUUCAGACCCAGCUGGCAGUGGUGAAUCUACAGGAUUGGGACAGAGACCUCCAACCAUAGUCCUUGACCUUCAAGUAAGAAGAGUUCGUCCUGGAGAAUAUCGGCAGAGAGAUAGCAUAGCUAGUAGAACUCGGUCAAGGUCUCAGACACCAAAUAACACUGUCACUUAUGAAAGUGAACGAGGAGGUUUUAGGCGUACAUUUUCACGUUCUGAACGGGCAGGCGUGAGAACCUAUGUUAGUACCAUCAGGAUCCCUAUUCGUAGAAUCUUAAAUACCGGACUAAGUGAGACUACAUCUGUUGCAAUUCAGACUAUGUUAAGGCAGAUAAUGACAGGUUUUGGUGAGCUAAGCUACUUUAUGUACAGUGAUAGUGAUUCAGAACCCAGUGCAUCAGUCCCAAGUCGAAGUACAGAAAGGGCAGAAUCACGGAAUGGAAGAGGGAACACUGGUGGUAGUGGCUCUGGUUCCAGCUCCAGCCCUAGUCCCAGUUCUAGUGGUGAAAGUUUAGAAAGUAGCUCAGAGGUGUUUGAAGGCAGCAAUGAAGGAGGUUCCUCAUCUGGCUCAGCAGGGGCCAGGAGAGAAGGUCGGCAUAGGGCCCCAGUCACAUUUGAUGAAAGUGGCUCUUUGCCCUUCCUUAGUUUGGCUCAGUUUUUCCUUUUAAAUGAGGAUGAUGAUGACCAACCUAGAGGACUCACCAAAGAACAGAUUGACAACCUGGCAAUGAGAAGUUUUGGUGAAAAUGAUGCAUUAAAAACAUGUAGUGUUUGCAUUACAGAAUAUACAGAAGGCAACAAACUUCGGAAACUACCUUGUUCCCAUGAAUAUCACGUCCACUGCAUCGACCGCUGGUUAUCUGAGAAUUCCACUUGUCCUAUUUGCCGCAGAGCAGUCUUAGCUUCUGGGAACAGAGAAAGUGUUGUUUAAUUAAGAUCUGGACUCAGCUGUGUAGCAAGAAUAGUGAUGGGCAAACAGGAAUCAUUUGCUUAAUGUCCACUUUUUUGAGUGUUGCUUAAAUGUAAGAACCUGAAUUGAGUCAUUGCUUUCUGAAGGAAUUAUGUCUUUUAAUUUCUCUUCCAGGAUGAAAGGGAUACUUAAAAAGUGAUAUUUUAGGACUUAACAAUCUGAUUUCAGUACCAGGUGAAUCAUUAGUAUCUCUGUUACUGAUAAUUUAUCCAUAUACACUUGUCAGUUUCUCCUUUGUUAAGAUCUGCCUUAGGAGUGGCUCCUUUCAACAUCAUGUUGACCCUUUUAAAGUUUCCCAGUCCAUAAAAGAGACACGAAGAAAAGUCCCACUCAAGAUUAAGUUACACUAUAUGUUUCAUAAGUAAUUAUGAUUAUGCCAUUUCCAGUUCAUUAGGUAACACAAAGUCACAUUCUGAAUAUUUGUUCACCUUUCAGACUAGGUGAUACUGGACAUGUCAGUGUAAACACUAAUGAUGGCCUAAGCCCAUCACUGUGGCACACAAUAGAGUGAGCUUAUAGUUUAAUUGAGAUAUUUAUCUUGUGGAAAUAUUAAAAAGCCUAUGCUUGUGUAAGUGAAAAACACAUUCAUUUGUUUAAAAAUGUAAAGCUAUUUUGUAGAGGCUCAGUACUUUUCCAAUGCACUGUUGUAUUAAUGCAUUAAAAAUUGUAAAGCACCAUGCUUAGAAAUGAGAAAACUGCUUUUUGUGAGCCAGCAUAGUAAAAAACCACACCAAACAGUACGAAGCUGCUUUUGUAAGUUUGUAGAUGUCAAGAGCAGAACAUAUCUAUAUUUAAUGUAUGUGUGAACAGCUACUGGGACAUGAAAAGGGAAGGACCGUGCAGAAUCACACUGCAUUAAAGAUUAUGAAAUCAUGUAUUUUCCCUUGGAUUUAGGCAGGAAGUGAAAGAUGGGAGUUAAAAAAAGAAUUUACACUUUUCAUGACAGUAAUGCAGGCAUGCACUGGUUUGGUGAGAGCAGCAGCACGUUGACCUGGUAUUCUACGUGUGUAGAUGAAGAGAAGAUCAGCUUCCUUUGUAACAAACCACUACCACCUAGCACAAGUUAAAUUGAUAUUUUUACAAAUCUGCUUCUCAAAAGAAAGGAUGGAGGAAAGAGGGGGAAAACACACUCUUAAUAAUUUCAGUUGGUACCCAUGUGCGUGCUAACAGAAAAAAAUAGCAAUUUGCUUGUUUUUGAGAUUUGUCAUAUAAGGUACUAGUGCACACUUGCUAAUAUUUCAUUACUAAAGCUAGCACAGAUCUAAUGUCACAUUUAAAGACCUGUUGAUGACUGAGGGAUUUUUUAUCUUGUGCUGAGAGUGAGUCAUGUUAGGUUGUUUGAGAUUCAAAUUUUAAUUGCGCUGCCCAUAUUUGAAGCUGAGAUUGUUGACUCACUAUGGAUGUGCACUUUACUGGUUUCUUAGUAUUAAGAAUAGAUUCAUGAUGGCCCCAAUAUUCUUGCCUCUUUUCUCUUUUGAGGCUAAUUGGGGUUUGAAUUAGUCUGACUGUGGAGCAGAUAUUUGUUUUUUUUGGGGGGGGCCAGCAGGCUGGAAGAAGUCUAAAGCAUGUCCUUGUCCAUUAACAGUCUUAACUACCCAGUUUUAGUCAAAUAUUCUACAAAUUAAACAAGUCUGUUUUAGAAGUUACCUGGCUACCAUCACUGUUAUCACCUUAGCUGUAAGAUUAUUUCAGAGUUCAUUAUUUUGUUUUCUUCUAGCUUUCAGUCCUACCUUACUAUCAAGGAAAUUAACUUGUAAAUAUGGUAGUUGUUUACUAAGGAUAUGUACUGCUCUUGCAAUGAAAUAAUGUCCAAACAAAGCUUCACUUAUUUUUUUCAUAUAAGCAGAAUUCACUGUUUAUGGCGCUUAUGUAACACAUUUUAUCUUUUAAAAAGAGUUGUCCAUGUAAAAGUCAGAAUUCCUUUAUAUUUGUGAACCUCCUUGUCUCCUUUCCUAAGGGUAUAAUCUCUGGUUAUCAAAUCUGUGGGCUAGUCCUAUUUGACUAAAAUCAAAUUAGUUUUCCUCUUAGUAAAAUGUUCUAUAUAGGGGUGUUUAUUUUAUGUACUUUAAAGACAGUUGCAGCACAUUUUAAGCAUAAAAGAAAGUUGACAACUAGUACCUCCCUAACCUCCCAAAAUGUAUUACUGAUUUGUCAAGUAUUGAAGUAAGCAGGAAGUUGGUAAUGAAUGUAGGUAAAGUUAUUCAUAAACAGGUUUUCAGAAACAUCCAGUAGAAUACACUUAUUCAAUGUGCAUAUGGGCCCCUCUUUCAAUAUAACUCAUAUCCAUUGGAUUGUGUAGAGUAUUUUUAGUGGAAAUUGCUACAUUUUUACUUUGCAGAGUCCAUGACUAAUACAUACUUGUGUUGUGGACAUUAAAGACAAGGUUGUAUAAGUAUCAAGUGUACAGUGGAGAACAGAAAUCAAUAUUUUUCCUCACUAGUAUCCCAACAUCUAUUUUCGAGGGCACGUUUUCUUGCAUAAGACUGUACAUUACAUUUUUUUAUCUUUGCACUUUUUCUUUAUUACAGAAAGGUUUGGUCUUUAAGAUCUACUUUGAAUUUCAUGUAAUAAUUUAAAAAUGUGAGAUUACAUUGUUCAAAGCAUAGGGAGAAUUACUAAAGCCUGAAUUCCUUCAAAUUUCAAUUUUUAAAAUUCACUAGUGUGAAAGGUUUGCAGUGUUGUGUUCACACAGCUGACAAUAUUGAGUUUUAUUAGUACUAGAAAACAAAAUUGAACAAGUUAAGUUAAAAUUUUGCUGGCUGUUUAUAGCAACACUAGAAGAGCUGUAUUGAUUUGGAAUAUUUUCUCUGAAAAUAUGUUAUACUUCAGUGGAGUCAAUGGAGGUGAGGAUUAAGAGAGCUGCUCACAUUAGUGUUGGAAUGUAGGUAAUUGUACAAUUCAUAAGAAAACCUUUAGUGCCUGGCGAUAGACACACAAUCUUUAGGAAUGGGAUUAUUAGAAUUCAUCCAAACUUUAGGAAACUGGUUAGCUGUGUUACCUCAAGUAAUGUGGGUUUUCCACCUGGGAAAACAUUCUUUCUGUGCCAAGUAUUCUCUCCUGUUGUCAGUGUCUCAUAUUUAUGAAAGGUUAACAUUCGACUGCUUUGUAUUUAACCACCUGCUUCUAUGAGUCGUGGUCAAUUCCCAAAAUACCCAUGUGAUAGGGAGGUCAAUGUUGCAAAAUACCUAUUAAAAGGCCAUUCUUAACAGUUUGCUUUAAUACAGUGGCACCUUGUGGUUAACAUUUUUAUUUUACAGAUGGAGGAUACUUUUUUAUUCUCCCUGUAUUUUGUGGAUGAAAAUAAUUAUAAUCUGCCUUAGUUUUUUGUUUGCUUGUUUUACCUUACUGGCUUCCCUGUCAAAUGUUUUACCAGUAUCAAGUACAUAGAAGCCACGUUUUGUUUGCAGGGCACUUUUAUUUACUAGUCUUAUAAGACUGUACUGCUUGUUACUUUCUGGAGUGUCUAUACCUUAGUAAUACAAGAGGUUGAAAAGGCACAUAUUAAAGUGCUGGUGUGUUUUAUCCCCUUUAGUAUAUUUCAGUAUGCUCAAUACUCAAUAACAGUGUUGUAAUUCAUUAACUAGUAAUUAGUUCUUUUUUAAAUUUUGGAAAUGUAAAUUGAUGUAACAUGCUUCAUUUGGGAAGUUAAAGUGCAAGAUCUAAAUAACUAGUAUUUAUUUUUUUAAUUGGUUUAAGCAAAUAAAAACAGCUGUUGAGUUCAGUUCCUGCCCUUUAAAUUUUUUUAGCAUCAUGAAUUAUUUUGUUUCUUUGAGACAAGGUCUUGUUAUGUAGCUCGGGUUGGACUGGAACUCAAAUGUAGACCAAACUGGCCUCAAACUUGGGCAAUCCUCCUGUCUUUGCCUCUGAAGUACUGGGAUUACAGGUGUGCAUCACCACACACAGCAUUCUGAAAUUAAGAACCCUUGUCCUUUACCAGAACAUUUUAGGAGACAGGGGCUGAGUAGCUCAGGCUGGCAUUGAACUCUAAACUUCAUAGGUAGGCAAGGAUAACCUUGUUGAACUCCUAAUCCUGCUUCCACUUCCCAAGUGCUAGGGUUAGGGUUGUAUGCACUGCUCUUGGUUUAUGCACUGAUGUGGGUCAAACCCAGCUCUUUGUGCAAGCUAGGCAAGGAUUAUACCAAGCCACAUCCCUAGCCCUUUAUACUACAGCAGUUCUAAAAAUACCAAUAUACCUAGGAAGUGAGUGUUUAAUCAGUUAACCCUAGUUUGUUUCCAAAGGUCUAAAGUUAGCUAGGAGUUAAAACAGUUGUCCAACAGCCGGGCGUGGUGGCGCAUUCCUUUAAUCCCAGCAGAGGUAGGAGGAUCCCUGAGAGUUCAAGGCCACCUUGAGACUACAGAGUGAAUUCCAGGUCAGCCUGGGCUAGAGUGAGACCCUAUCUCGAACCCCCCCCAAAAAAAAAACAGUUGUCAGUUUUGUGAAUGCUUUCAUAUCCACAUUUAGAUUCAAAUCUUAAAGAGAGGCAUAUUGAUCAACACCCAGAAUUAAAGUGAGAUAGGGUUUUUGUUUCGUUGGUCUGAGACCGGUUCUCACUAUAUCCAGGCUGGCCUGGAGCUCAGGAUCCUCCUGAGUGGUGAUCACAGGUGUGCACCACCACGCUUGGCAAGAUGACUUUUUUUUUUUUUUUUAACUAGGGCUUGUUUACUAAAGUUUCAUAGCUGCUUAAUAGUCACGAGGUUUGAGUGGUAGCUGUCAAGAGACAUGAUGAAAGUGAACCCCACCAUACCACUGUGCCUUGUUACUUCAAGGUUCCUCUCAGUAACUCAUCUUCCUGAUUGAUUCCAAUACCAAGUUACAGUUGAACCAGCUGCCCAGCCUUAACUGCUUAGUGCCCUAUUGGAUUCUUUUAACUGAUUUGCAUUUCAAGUGUCCCAUGUUUGGAUUUUACCUCUUGAUAGCUCCAUUUGUCCCCCCCCCCCCCGCCCCCAUGCUGCCUUUAAAUAUUUAGGGCCCUGUGGUUAGGUGUCAGUUACGUAGGUACUCAGUUGGCUUGUUAGGGAUCUGUGCCUGUCUUCUCCCAGGAAGAGCUGCUUUGGUAUAGUUUACUUGGAUUCCUAAAAGAUCUGGGAAGCCCAUGAGAAGGGCUGGUAACAAAGGCUGCCUUUGUGUCUGAACAUGAAGCACAUAAAUGUAUGUUCUGUAAAGACUAAAGUGAUUGUUAAACCAGGGCUUCCUGACCUCUGGGAGAUACUUUAAAAAAGCAGAGAGGAGCACAAAGUAAAGUGAACUUGGUUGGCUUGCUUUAUCUGGUUUCUCAUUUUCCUUUCAUUUUAAACCUGAACAAAACUCUAGUAUUUAUCCAGCAAACUCCUGGUUGGGAAGCCCUGAAUUAAAUUUUGAGAAUGUACCCAUUUUUUGUACAGUGCUUUACACCUGCUAAAGUUUAACUUGUUUAAUGCAAAAUGAGACCUUGAAAGGUCGGUUAUAUUAAAUCUGGUUUGAUUAUUAAUAGCUAUCUUUAGGAAGAAGCUUUCCCUAUGUAUCAUGUCAUACUGCAGAUUUAAAAUAUAGACUAUCAAUAAAAUGCAUGAAGUUGA